AAACGAUAAAGGAAUCUCGCUAUCGGAAAUUUGAUCCAUUUCACCAUCUCGGGGAAAAGACGGCGAAAAUGGAGGAACGGAACGACGCCGGAACCGGUGCCGGAGAGAGCAGUGUGUUGGAUGGAUCAGCUCAUUGGUGGUGGGCAUUGGGAAGUGGAGCUCAAAUCAUGUGGGGAGUGCGAUUGAUUAGGAGAGGUUACGCUGGCGACGUUCGUUUAAUGCCGGUCAAAGCCUUCGGUGUGGCAUCACUCUUCGUCGGCUCGUUAGCCACUAGCUCCUUCGCAAUAGUCCGCGCCACAGGGAUCCACACGGUUCAAGAUGCGAUUGAUCUUGGAGCCAACAUUAGAACCAAUUUGGGGGUUACUCCUCAAAUACCGGAUAAGCAAAUCACUGAGAGAGACGGAUGAUUUAUCAUGAACAGAUCGACCUUGAAGCUCUCUAUAAACGCUUAUCGGAUUCACUAUGAGACGAUCAUGGAAUUAGCUCUCUGGUUUAUUCCUCAACGAUUUUCGGCAAUUCGUGUAUGUUUGUUUAUAUAGAUAAGACCAAAAUUUAGGUGGUCUUUGUCUGAAACUUCAAAAGGUUUUUGGGUUUAAUAGAUUAGAUGAUUUGUU